AUGUCUCAACCACAACGCCGAUUCUUUCCCAAGCCACCAAAGAAACAUGCACCUCCAGGAUCACAAACUCGUGCGAAUACUGCCACUACUCCAACCACCUUUCAGAAUCCGAGUACCAAUCGACAUACUUGCAAUCAAACCAAACUGGCUACGUCAACAGCUCCGCCAACUAGACCUGUCACCAAACGCCGGGCAAGUGAACGCACCAAGGCCGCAUCUGAACAACCUCAGCCAAAGCAAGCCAAGCUAACUCAGACUCAGGCGGUGAAAUCCAAGAAGAUGGUCAAUCGUCCUCCUCCACGAAAACCAUCUCCUCGACGUCGUACCCCGACUCCAACUCCUCCUGCAACUCCUCCUCGACAUCGUACUCCAACUCCUCCUCCUCCUGCGUCAUCUGGAUCUCUUUUACGGGAUCGAUUCAACCAGAAAGAUUUAGAUAUGUUUAGCUUCAAAUCAGUUGCACAAAUUGCCCAAGCCCACGAAUACGGCCCGGACAACAGCAGUCGUGCACCAGCAAGGGUUCACCAAGUCGAUUUUCACUCAGCUCGUCUUCUGAACGGAUUUAUGCCCUUGCAGGGUUCACAAUUACAGAUCUACAACAGAUGUGCUGUCCGUGCCGAUCUCGACGACCAAUAUAUGGCAAGCGGACGUGAAAUAUGUAGUAUGACCAAUAUAUACAACGACCUCACUCGACAGAUUGGUGAAAUUCGGGAUCUUGUGUCACGACAAGGCCAUGGCGUCUCCGGCGACGCUGCCACGGCAGCGCCUUGGCUUUCAAAAGUGGAUGGUCAGGAGCUACGAGCAACACUCCCAGUUUCUUUAUAUGCUGCAGUAAUGGACACAAUCAUGUCCAAUCCCAUUAAAUGGCAAAAAAGGUUGCUUCCGAAAGGCUAUGGCAAGAAUGCCAAACCCCUCCAAGUCAAGGCCGUGAAGACCCUGGUCAAUGUUGUCUUGAAAGAAGUGCGAAAAGUAUUUGAAACAGAGCUUCUUCAAAGCAUCCAACUGCCCGGCCGACGCACCACCACAGACAAUGUUAGUGUACCAUUGUUGAAUACGAUUGUUGCCAAUAUUUACAAUAAAGAAAUUGGUCAAAUAGGAGGUCGAGUUCCUGUUCGCGAUGAGGUCUUUGAUCAGGUGGGACAUCUGCAAAAGUCCCGUUAUGCUUACCUUAGACUGCAAGCCUGUCAUUGGGGCUUUUACAAGAAAGAUUACCGAGACGGUGCGACAUUUUGGAGCAUCGUGGACAAUAAAUUGGAGUUUCUGCGGGGUCAAAGUAGCAGGUAUCAACAUGCAUUCUACAUUCAAUGUUUAACAGAGGACAAUGAGCUAUUCCAGGGCAAGAAGACGUUGGCGGAAAUCAGACCCCUCACCUCGUUCCCAAUUCCCAACAAGAUUGUCAUCCAGGAGAUUAUGGAUAAUCUCAAUGAUACAUGGGGUGAUACUGUUCCAGCGGAUGAAGAACUUCAUGCAAUGAAGUUCUUCCCCGCGAAGAAUGAUAACAAUGAGAAUGAUGGUGAUGAUGAUGAUGAUGCGGGGUUAGAAGAAGAAGAAGAAGCAGAAGAAGAAGCAGAAGAAGAAGAAGAAGAAGAAGCAGAAGAAGACGAAGAUGCAGGGUUUGAUGAUGAAUAA